UAGACUCGUCCACAGUCGCUUGGCAGAACACAACCACCCUUAACUUAAUCAUUUCGAUACAGGACAAACUAUAUACUGCAUCAGAUCCUCAUAGACAAUCUCUUUAAUCUAUUGCAAGAAAUAAUAAUCUACAGAAGGACUUGUUUAAGUCUAUUGACGUCCCUGGUUUAAAAUAACGAUCGUGAGUCCUGGUGGGUUUAUAGUUUGGAGGCAGGGUGCUUCGAUAGUCAGUUGUCUCUAGUGAUCAAAACAACGUGAACCUUCAGUCUACACGAACACCUUGACGAACACCAAACCAAAGCUCAUUUCUCACUUCAGUCCAGACUCUCCAAAGAUUGAGUUCAACUUGCAAGCAAGGUGGGAUUUAAUCAACGUCAAAACAGAGAUAAUCAUGCAGAACUACAUUCUCUCAAUCGCUCUGGUGGUCGCCAUGUUGGCACUGCUCGCCACGCCCACAACCUCCGAUGAAGCCCUCAAUGGCGACAUGGAAAUGGACGAGGAGGCAAUGCAGACACUGAAAGACCUUAUAGAGCAGUCGGGGAAACGAGUAGAGCGCUCAUGGCGUAAACCAUGCCAGGACAACUCCUGCAUCCAGUCUGGGAAUCGAGGUUGGAAGAGGACUGGACAAGCCGCCCGGGAUCCUAUCUCAGUCAACCAACGUGGUAGCCCCUUCAGUAUGGACAACUUUAAGUGUGUUGGUGAAAGCUGCAGCAGAGGCUGGAAGCGAACCCCAGAACAGAAGCGUUAAGCAACCAUCCAAAUGAGGCGGCAACCAGAUCACUAGUCUAGAGAAUAUAAUUUCAACGUGGACAAUAAUUUAAGAUCUAAUAAUUUUCAGUUUGUAGAAAUGAGUCAAUAUUUUGUACGUGCAAUACAAAUCGUCAAUAAUAGUCGGGUUUUAUUCAUCAUUGACUUUU